CAAAUUUCAAAAUGCCGACUGGUUGGCAAAAGUCACGUGGUUUGGAUUUCCUAAUUAUCUUCCACAGUUUCGAAUUUUGCAUGAUCUCAAUUUCAUUUGACCUACUCUGAAUAUCAUAAUUUGAUAGUUUCAAGUACCUAUAGAAUUUUGUUACUGAUAAAUGUCCUUUGAUGGCUCUUGGAAAGUUUGGAAAGUUAACGGACACAUUGCUUCAAGAAAGAUAUGAAAAAGACAUAAAAUACAUUAAAAUAUACGACCAGUACAGGCCAAAUUAUAAUCAGACAGCGAUUACACCGAAAUUCUACUCGAAAUACGAACACAGUGAAAUUGAUGAAGUCGAUCCGUUGAUUUUGGAAAAAAUACACGAAUCAAAAGAUUUGGAUGCUAGACAGAAACGAGAAUGGCCUGAAACUUCAAACCAAUUAUAUGGUUGGUGGUCAGUUCCUUUAGUGAAAAUCGAUCGCAAUGAUCCAAGAUUUUACUUUCCAAGGGUGAAUAGUGAAAUAACUACGUAUGGUAUGAAAGCCAUGCAACACAGAAAAGGGUGAAAAAAUAGUUUUUUUUUUCUUUUUUAAUAUUUUAUUAUUUUAUUUUUUUAAAUAAAUGGGAAGAAAGUUGAAUUUUGCAUUUCUAACUUUGUAAAUAGGUUUUUGAAUGCUUUGGGAAAAUUUGAAAUUGUUCUGAAAUUUCCCAAAUGUUUUACAGAAAGUUUUUGGAAAUUCUGAAAUAAAUUUUUACAGUUGUAUGCAACAUCUUUUAACUUAAAAGUGCUUUUUGAAACUGGUUACUUUUAAAAAUGUCUAAUCUAAACCAUAAAAAUUUU